UCAUGGGCGCUAACUCAAAGUCUGAAGACGAAUGGCGUGCCAUCUUGUCUCCAGAACAGUUUAGAAUUCUCCGUCAGAAGGGAACAGAGGCGCCCAACACAGGGGACUACAAUCACCAUGACGCGCCAGGCGUAUACUCCUGUGCUGGCUGUGGGACACCACUAUACAAGAGCAGCACCAAGUUUAACAGCGGCUGCGGGUGGCCUGCUUUCUUUGAUGCGAUCCCUGGUGCCGUUAAUAGGCAUCAAGAUCGGUCAAUGUUUAUGACUAGGAUAGAGAUUACCUGUACCGCAUGCGGUGGCCACCUCGGGCAUGUGUUCAAGGGAGAAGGAUUCGACACGCCAACCGACGAACGACACUGCGUGAAUUCCGUCUCGCUGAACUUUAAGGAGUAAUAAAGUCUUGGUUAUAUGGAUAUCAUUAUAAUGCAGAUACAAUAUGUACCAUUGGCCGGCGACGCACUGUAGAUUAUGAAAUUCAGCUUGUUCAGUAUCUCACCUGAGGGAGAGGACAUUGACGAUAGUUGAAUGGAAAGCCGAAUCUCGACAACAACGAUGAACUGGGUGAUGCACUUUGAUAAUAAGAAUGCAUAGAUA